GAGAAUAUUUUUCCCAGUUAUUUACAUCCUUGUUGUCUGACUUGAAGCAUCCACACUGCGGUCUGUGCUCAGUGUCAGCUUUCCAGCCAGACUCUCCUCACAUCCUCGUCUUCCUGCAAGACAUCGCAGCUAACAUCAUGAUGCGCUCAGUCCUCAGUGUCUGUGUGAUGUUUACUCUUCUACUACAAGGUUUGAAUGCACAGAGUGAAGUUCGGCUUGUGAAUGGAACUGCCCCGUGGAAUGGUCUGCUUGAGAUGUUGUACAGAGGAACAUGGGGCACAGUGUGUGACUAUAUGUUUGGGAAACAAGAGACACAGGUGGUCUGCAGGAUGCUGGGCUUCAACACGUCGCACGUUUAUAUCACGUCGCUAUUAAUAGACAGUAUGAGCUACAACGAUAUCAUGUUUGGCGACCUGAGGUGUACAGGAGAGGAGACCAGCUUAGAGAAGUGUAACUAUACAUGGAUUAUGAGUGACGCCAGGUGCUCCUAUGUUGUUGCUAUCACCUGCAACUCACAAAACAUACAGGUGCGAUUGAACGUCAUCUCAUCUAACAGAGGUGAAGUAGAGAUACACAUCGGAGUUGGUCAUUGGUGGAGACUGUGUGUGUCGACUAACCUCACUGCCAGGGUCGUCUGUAGACACCUCGGCUUACCAUGGUUGUUGCGUUUUAUGGUUCUUCGAGAAAUAGAAGAAGACGUGGAAUGUUUAUCAUAUCAGUUUGUUGUAUCUAAAGAUUACAUGUAA